CAAUAGCCGAGUCUUCGUGUUUCUUCUUGGGUGCGCUCACAUCGAUGCCCGCCGUCAGAGUGUUUGCACUGAACGCCGGUUUAGCCCUUUUGAUAGCAUUUGUCUUACAAAUGGUUGUCUUCGUACCCCUGUUUGUGUUGGACACUCGCAGACAACUUGACAAUAGGUUCGAACUCUUCUGUUGCUUUCAAUUGUCUAAAAGACGUGAUUUGGAAGAAGAGGAAACUGUCGGAAAGGGAGCUCUUUAUAAGUUCUUUGAGCACAUAUACGCACCUUUGCUUAUGAAAGAUUACAUUCGGGUGCCAGUCGUGAUUCUAUUCAUGGGCUGGUUGUGCACAUCCAUUGCUGUCAUUAAUAAAUUAGAUGUGGGUCUCGAUCAGGACAUAUCUAUGCCGUCAGAUUCCUAUGUAUUGCGCUAUUUUGAGGCUCAAACCAAGUCAUUAGGAGUGGGUCCUCCCGUCUAUUUCGUAGUCAAAUCUGAUUACGAUUACGCUAACAGACAACAGCUCAUCUGCACGAGCGCCGGCUGUUCAUCCAAUUCAUUGGGAGCCAUACUAAGCGAUGCCUCCAAACAUUCCAAUGAGACAUAUAUAGCCGGUUCUGUUGCUAACAAUUGGGUGGACGACUACAUGGGUUGGGCCAGUAUUUCCUCGUGUUGUCGGGAAAUCGAUGGCAAAGAAGGCAAUCCCUUUUGCCCAUCAGAUUAU